GCUGCAGGUGAGCGAGAGGAUGCUGGCGGGGGGCGCGAGGAGCGUGCCCAGCCCCCUCCCGGCCUGCUGGCAGCCCGUCCUCCUGCUGGUGCUGGGCUCGGUGCUGUCAGGCUCGGCCACGGGCUGCCCGCCGCGCUGCGAGUGCUCGGCCCAGGACCGCGCCGUGCUGUGCCACCGCAAGCGCUUCGUGGCGGUGCCCGAGGGCAUCCCCACCGAGACGCGCCUGCUGGACCUGGGCAAGAACCGCAUCAAGACGCUCAACCAGGACGAGUUCGCCAGCUUCCCGCUCCUGGAGGAGCUGGAGCUGAACGAGAACGUGGUGAGCGCCGUGGAGCCCGGCGCCUUCAACAACCUGCUCCACCUGCGCACGCUGGGCCUGCGCAGCAACCGCCUGAAGCUCAUCCCGCUGGGCGUCUUCACCGGCCUCAGCAACCUGACCCGGCUGGACAUCAGCGAGAACAAGAUCGUCAUCCUGCUGGACUACAUGUUCCAGGACCUGUACAACCUCAAGGCGCUGGAGGUCGGCGACAACGACCUGGUCUACAUCUCCCACCGCGCCUUCAGCGGCCUCAACAGCCUGGAGCAGCUGACGCUGGAGAAGUGCAACCUGACCUCCAUCCCCACGGAGGCGCUGUCGCACCUGCACGGCCUCAUCGUGCUGCGGCUGCGGCACCUGAACAUCAACGCCGUCCGGGACUACUCCUUCAAGCGGCUCUACCGCCUCAAGGUCCUGGAGAUCUCCCACUGGCCCUACCUGGACACCAUGACGCCCAACUGCCUGUACGGCCUCAACCUGACGUCGCUGUCCGUCACGCACUGCAACCUGACGGCCGUGCCCUACCUGGCCGUGCGCCACCUGGUCUACCUGCGCUUCCUCAACCUCUCCUACAACCCCAUCGGCGCCAUCGAGGGCUCCAUGCUGCAUGAGCUGCUGCGGCUGCAGGAGCUGCAGCUGGUGGGCGGGCAGCUGGCCGUGGUGGAGCCCUACGCCUUCCGCGGCCUCAACCACCUGCGCGUGCUCAACGUCUCGGGCAACCAGCUGACCACGCUGGAGGAGGCGGCCUUCCACUCGGUGGGCAACCUGGAGACGCUCAUCCUGGACGCCAACCCGCUGGCCUGCGACUGCCGGCUGCUGUGGGUGUUCCGGCGCCGCUGUUCCAGGGCUGCCCUUAAGCCUGCCCGGGCCCAGGUCCCCACCCCACCUCGGCCCAUCUUCCACCAGGCCACCCUCAGAGCCCAUCCUGGGCUUUUAGGGGUUCUGGGUUUGGGGCUGGAGGCUCAGACAGCAGCCCCACUUCCCGCCCCCAACUCUGCCCAUCCCAACCAAACCUUGAUGUUCCAGACCACCCUGGAGAGGGACACCCGAUGA